AUGGUUUUGAUCCUCUCUCUCCUCUCAUGCUUUUUUUGUAUUCGGUGGAGCCAACGGAAGCAGAAGCAGUAUCCACCUGGUCCAACGCCCAUCCCAUUCAUAGGAAACUUCCAUCAAAUGCCUAUCGAGAAUCAACCGGAGACAUUUACGAAAUGGGCACACACAUAUGGCGAGAUUGUCUAUGUUCACCUCUUCAACAAGACUUUCGUUUUCCUCAACUCUCUGCGUGCAACGCAGGAUCUAAUGGUUAAGAAGGGCACUAUAUAUUCUGAUCGGCCAACAUUUGUAAUGUGGGACGAUGUCUACAACCUCAAACCUGUGACGACGUCUCUCAAGAUGAAUGGCGAUUGGAGAGAGCAUCGCAGAUGGAUGCAGUCCGCUCUCGAGACAGACAAGGCUCUACUUGGGCUGCAUCCGCUCAUACGCAGCAGUGUUGACAAGCUGCUCGUGAAGCUUUUGAACUCUCCUGACGCCUUCUUCACACAUGUGCGAAGGUACUCAAGCGACCUCACCCUAGACAUUGCCUACGGGAUGGACAACUUGACGAAUGACGACCACUUUAAUAGUACCGCUCAGAAAGCGGCGGACGCCAUCGUUCACGGAGCCACAGUUGCCGCAUUGGUUGAAUUCCUUCCCAUCCUCACAUAUAUCCCCGCAUGGAUGCCUGGUACCAUUUACAAUCAAGACGUAGUGAAAGGAAGACAUAAUGUACGUCAGCUUCUGGACGUACCGUUCAGUUUGCUUGUCAAGAAGAUUAUAUCCGGAACGUACAGGCCUUCCUUCGCGUCAGCACUCAUUGAAGCGAAGUCUGAGAAUGGCCAAUUGUCAUCAUGGGCGGAAAGCCAUAUUAAGGGCGCUUCAGCAACGCUGUAUGCUGCCGGUUCCGAGACGAGUGCCGCUGUACUCUUGACCCUCAUUUUGACAAUGGUCCUUCACCCGGACGUAUUAGAGAAGGUGCACAAUGAGAUAACCUCCGUCAUUGGAUCAGAUCGGCUUCCCGAGUUUGGCGACAGGAAAUUGCUGCCAUAUGUUGAACAUGUGCUCAUGGAAGUACUGCGCUGGAACCCCCCUGUGCCGCUGGGUGUCCCUCAUUGUCUUGCCCAAGAUGAUAUAUACAACGGCUAUUUCCUUCCGAAGGGAGCAAGCGUCAUAUCAAAUAUCUGGGCCAUCUCGCGCGACCCGUCUAUUUAUCCUGAUCCCGACGCAUUCCGGCCCGAGAGAUUUGAGGAGAUGGAUGCAGAGACACUCGAGAUGUAUGACCCUAGAAAAUAUGUGUUCGGCUUCGGAAGACGUAUUUGCACUGGCCGUUACGUGGCUGAUUUGAGUAUUUGGCUCGCGGCAGUCAACAUACUGGCGACAAUGGAUAUCAAGAAGGCGCGGGAUACUUUUGGUGCUGAGAUUGAGCCUGAAUUCUCGUUCGUUACCGCCUUGACCAGGUAUCCAAGAGAAUUUAUCUGUAGCAUCCGCCCACAAGCUCCAGCGGCUGCAGAACUCAUCAUUGCGAAAUCUCAUUAG